CCCGGGACACUCCUUCCGGCCCGCGUCCGGGACACCGUGCGCUCCCCGAAGGGUUCAGGCCCCCCUAACGGGACGGCUCCCGCGUCGCCGGGCCUGCCCAGCGCCGCCCUCCGCUGCCCCGCACUCAUCCGGAACUCUUCCCCGGCCGCUUCACACUCACCGACGCCCACGCAGGAGCUCAAGCCCGCCGCCUCUGCGCUCCGAUUCCUGCGGGGACCCCCGAGCGCCCUUUCCCCGAUCGCUCCCUAGUCCGGGGCCACUGGAAGACACCCCCUGAUUGGGGCGGUACCCGAGCUGCGCAGGUUCCCGGCGCCGGGCUGGGCACCCCCAUCCACAGGGCCGCAAGCCCAGCGCCCCUGCGCAGCGCCCCGCAGAGGCCCCCUCCCAGGCCCAGGACGCCCCCUCCUGCGGAGACUCCAUCUCUAUUUUUUGGGAAGGGGAGGCUCAGCGGAAGCCCCGAGUUAUAAUUAGCGCCACUUGGGUUUCCUAGUUAAUCUCCAGCAGCAUCACCACCCCCAGCUCAGGACAGUGGGGGCUGGGCGAGGGGUGACCGGCGGGAGAGGGGGGAGUUCCCACCCGGGGAAUUUUGAUCCUUUGGCUGGAGAUGCCGGAACCGUAACAGCUGCUGCCCCCAAAAUAGCGCCCCCGCCCCUGCAGCCGGGGAUCUCCGGAGCCCCGGGAACACAAGCGUCCUGGCUCGCCCUUCAGGCGGCUCUGCAAGGCCCUUGAGCCCCCAGUCCCCCACCCCAAGUUCCCGGCUCCAGGUUCCCGGCUCGGGGCGGGGAGCGCCAACCUUUUCUCGGUCUCUACUGCCCUCCGCCGGCGGCGGCGUGCACGGCAGCUUCAGACGGACGGGGGCUCUCGAGUCCUGGGGGACACGGGCUGGCUAGCCUGUUUGCUGGGGCUGGGCUGGGAGCGUGCGCAGCUGAUGGGAACCCGCGGGCAUCAGUGCUCGGUGCCAGACAUUGGAUGAGAUGGGGCAGGGUUGGGGGGGAGUGGACUAGACAGGAUUUGGGGGACCCCGGGACCUAAGGCUUCCACACCCUGAAUGCCCAGCCCACCGUCCCCCAGGGCCCCGGGCCUGGCCAAUGCAGGAGAGCGGGGCUGCGCCUUCAGGCCGCAGCAAGCUCCCCCAGCGGCGCCGCCCGUCCGUGAGGCCGCGCCCCUGUCGGGUGGCCUGUGCGUGGACUGAGGCCUCUGGUGCCCGCACUGCACGAGCUGGGCUCGGCCCAGUUCGGGGAAGAGCAGACACCGCCUGCCCUGCAGCCAUGAGGCCCCCGCAGUGUCCCCUGCACACGCCUUCCCUGGCUUCCCCACUCCUUCUCCUCCUUCUCUGGCUCCUGGGAGGAGGAGUGGGGGCUGAGGGCCGGGAGGAUGCAGAGCUGCUGGUGACUGUGCGUGGGGGCCGGCUGCGGGGCAUUCGUCUGAAGACCCCCGGGGGCCCCGUCUCUGCUUUCCUGGGCAUCCCCUUUGCGGAGCCACCCACAGGACCUCGUCGCUUUCUGCCACCGGAGCCCAAGCAGCCUUGGUCAGGGGUGGUAGAUGCUACAACCUUCCAGAGUGUCUGCUACCAGUAUGUGGAUACCUUAUACCCAGGUUUUGAGGGCACCGAGAUGUGGAACCCCAACCGUGAGCUGAGCGAGGACUGCCUCUACCUCAACGUGUGGACACCAUACCCCCGGCCUACAUCCCCCACCCCUGUUCUCGUCUGGAUCUAUGGGGGUGGCUUCUACAGUGGGGCCUCCUCCUUAGACGUCUAUGAUGGCCGCUUCUUGGUACAGGCCGAGAGGACUGUGCUGGUGUCCAUGAACUACCGGGUGGGAGCCUUUGGCUUCCUGGCCCUGCCCGGGAGCCGAGAGGCCCCGGGGAAUGUGGGUCUCCUGGAUCAGAGGCUGGCCCUGCAGUGGGUGCAGGAGAACGUGGCAGCCUUCGGGGGGGACCCGACAUCAGUGACGCUGUUUGGGGAGAGUGCGGGUGCUGCCUCAGUGGGCAUGCAUCUGCUGUCCCCGCCCAGCCGGGGUCUGUUCCACAGGGCCGUGCUGCAAAGCGGUGCCCCCAAUGGACCCUGGGCCACGGUGGGCAUGGGAGAGGCCCGCCGCAGGGCCACACAGCUGGCCCACCUUGUGGGCUGUCCCCCAGGCGGCACUGGUGGGAAUGACACAGAGCUAGUAGCCUGCCUUCGGACACGACCAGCGCAGGUCCUGGUGAACAAUGAAUGGCAUGUGCUGCCUCAAGAAAGCGUCUUCCGGUUCUCCUUCGUACCUGUGGUAGAUGGAGACUUCCUCAGUGACACCCCAGAGGCCCUUAUCAACGCGGGAGACUUCCACGGCCUGCAGGUGCUGGUGGGUGUGGUGAAGGAUGAGGGCUCAUAUUUUCUGGUUUACGGGGCCCCAGGCUUCAGCAAAGACAACGAGUCUCUCAUCAGCCGGGCCGAGUUCCUGGCCGGGGUGCGGGUCGGGGUCCCCCAGGUAAGUGACCUGGCAGCCGAGGCUGUGGUCCUGCAUUACACAGACUGGCUGCAUCCCGAGGACCCGGCACGCCUGAGGGAGGCCCUGAGCGAUGUGGUGGGCGACCACAAUGUCGUGUGCCCCGUGGCCCAGCUGGCUGGGCGACUGGCUGCCCAGGGUGCCCGGGUCUACGCCUACGUCUUCGAACACCGUGCCUCCACGCUCUCCUGGCCCCUGUGGAUGGGGGUGCCCCACGGCUACGAGAUCGAGUUCAUCUUUGGGAUCCCCCUGGACCCUUCUCGAAACUACACCACGGAGGAGAAAAUCUUCGCCCAGCGACUCAUGCGAUACUGGGCCAACUUCGCCCGCACAGGGGACCCCAAUGAGCCCCGAGACCCCAAGGGCCCGCAAUGGCCCCCGUACACGGCGGGGGCUCAGCAGUACGUGAGUCUGGACCUGCGGCCGCUGGAGGUGCGGCGGGGGCUGCGCGCCCAGGCCUGCGCCUUCUGGAACCGUUUCCUCCCCAAAUUGCUCAGCGCCACCGACACGCUCGACGAGGCGGAGCGCCAGUGGAAGGCCGAGUUCCACCGCUGGAGCUCCUACAUGGUGCACUGGAAGAACCAGUUCGACCACUACAGCAAGCAGGAUCGCUGCUCAGACCUGUGACCCCGGCGGGACCCCCAAGUCCCCCGCUCCGCCCGGCCUCCUAGCUGUAUAUACUAUUUAUUUCAGGGCUGGGCUAUAACACAGAGGAGCCCCAGACCCUACCCAUCCACACCCCACCCCCGACGUCCCCCGGGGCUCCCGGUCCUCUGCAUGUCUCGGACUGAGCUCCCUCCCCCGCGGUGCCUUCGCCCCUCUGGGCUGCCAAUAAACUGUUACAGCCACGGGAGUGUGCGCAACUAGGGAGCUAGGGGUAGGGGCAGAACGCCGGAAUCACGAGGGCCGAGUCUAUGCAGGAGCGGGGCUGCAGGUCAAGAAACAGGCGAGCUCCGAGGCGGCCCCAAGGCGCCUGCUCAUUCCAGCGAACGCCAAUCCCCCGCCCUGCCCCGCCGGGCGGAGCUCGCGCCUGCGCAAUGAGGGCCGCGGGUCGUCAGGCUGGCACGGCGGAGGGGCGAAGGGGCGGAGGGGCGGAGGGGCGGAGGGGCGGAGGGGCGGAGGGGCGGAGGGGCGGAGGGGCGGAGGGGCGGGGCGCGGCGGAGCAUUGUGGGAGCUCCUGGGUCGAUGCCGCUAGGUGGUUGCCGCUUGCUGCCUGCAGUGAUCAACGAGGCCGGGGGAGCGCGUCCCCAGCCUGCGCGCCAGUCCUGCGGCAGCUGACCAAAGACCCGGAGCCGAAAGGAAGUGUUGGGGCCUGAGGUCGCUCUGCGCCGCUAGGAGGACGCUGUGCCUGGCCUGGGACCUCCGCUCCCGCCCACCGCCCUGGAGCUGCUGAGGGACGUCCACGUGGGCCUGCCUCCGCCGAGCCGCGGCCCUGCCCGCCUGGCGCUGCUCUCGGGCCACUACCUCUACUACCACUACGGCUGCGACGGCCUAGACGAUCGCGGUUGGGGCUGCGGCUACCGCACUCUGCAGACGCUGUGCUCGUGGCCGGAGGGCCAGCCCGCAGGCGUACCCGGACUGGCCGCCGUGCAGGCGGCCCUGGAGGACAUGGGUGACAAGCCCCCCGGCUUCCGGGGCUCCCGGGACUGGAUCGGCUGCGUGGAGGCCAGCCUCUGCCUCGCUCACUUCGGAGGGCCCCAGGGGCGCCUCUGCCACGUACCCCGGGGAGCGGGGCUGCAUGGGGAGCUGGAGAAGCUUUACUCCCACUUCGCAGGGGGCGGGGGCCCAGUCAUGGUUGGAGGGGACGCGGAUGCCAGGUCUAAGGCCUUGCUGGGAAUCUGCAUCGGGUCAGGAACGGAAGACUAUGUCCUGGUAUUGGACCCUCACUACUGGGGCACUCCAAAAAGCCCCAGUGAACUACAAGCUGCUGGGUGGGUGGGCUGGCAAGAGGUGAGUGCAGCCUUUGACCCCAACUCCUUCUACAACCUGUGCUUGACCAGCCUUAGCUCCCAACAGCAGCAACACACCUUGGACUGAGGGCAAAGUUACAGAACUGAGAUUCUCGGGUCCCAGACAUGCACCUUUGUACCUCCCACUGGUGUCCCUGCAGAGCCUGGCGCUUUUGACAUCAAUAAUAAAAGUGGCAGGGCUGAGCAACA